CUCAUGUUUUAAAAACAAAAAACUUAUCGUUUCGUAUAUUCUCCAUCAAAUCAAUGGCGAGCAGCGCUUCUAAGUUCUAACCUUACCACAAAUGAAUCUUAGAACGAUGCUAUCCUUUGGAAAUCGGAAUCGGUAUAUAAACUGAACGGACCGAGGGCGAUACUCUCUACGCACCAGGGAGCAAGACUCUGCAAGAGUUAGGAAUCCAAACCCCUUAAAGAUUCAAGGUGAAAUAUUCUAUAAUUCUAGCAUCCGUAUCUCUAUUUCAUUGGAGGAAUAUGAGCGUUGCUGCCCCUUCUGCCGGUCGAACUGUUGGAAGGUCAUUCAACUUUGGGAAGACUUAUGUGGUGAAACCCAAAGGUAAACACCAGGCCACUGUAGUUUGGCUGCAUGGUCUUGGAGACAACGGUUCUAGCUGGUCCAGUCUUUUAGAGACCCUCCCUCUUCGAAAUAUUAAAUGGAUCUGUCCAACGGCCCCUGUGCUGCCAAUAUCUUUAUUUGGAGGCUUCCCUUCAAAUGCUUGGUUUGAUGUGAAUGAACUUUCCGAAGACGCAAUUGAUGAUAUAGAGGGCCUGGAUACUUCAGCAUCAUAUGUGGCAAGCUUGUUGGCAACAGAGCCUUCUGAUAUCAAACUUGGUGUCGGAGGCUUUAGCAUGGGCGCUGCAACAUCCCUUUAUGCUGCAACAUGUUACACCCAUGGGAAAUAUGGGAACGGGAACCCGUUCCCUUCCAACUUAAAUGCGGUUGUUGGAUUAAGUGGCUGGCUUCCAUGUGCAAAGACACUAAGCAACAAAUUAGCAGGGAUAGAAGAGGCUGCACGGCGUGCUGCUUCACUUCCAGUCCUGCUAUGUCAUGGUGAAGGAGAUGAAGUAGUGGCUUACAAAUUUGGGGAGAAGUCAUCUGUCAAGUUGAGUUCAUCCGGGUUUCGAGAUGUCACAUUCAAACCAUACAAAGAAUGGACAUCUACUAAGCUUUCUUUGGUGGACAGCCUUGGCCAUCACACUAUCACACAAGAGAUGGAUGACGUUUGUGCGUGGUUAACCUCUAAGCUCGAGCUGGAGGGAUAACCAACCCCAUUGCGUUAACGUUGGCUCUGUAUCUGAAAGGGCAAAAUGGGUGGGUGACCUGAACCUUGUGUUGCGGAUGGCUUUCAUCCUGGCGGGGUUGUAUUUUGAUAAAUAAUCCAUUGCAAAGAGAUACCAAUUUUUUCUCAUAAUAUUUGACCGUCGUACGUGUCACGACCAUCUAUCCGGACUUUGGGAAAACAGUGUGAUUUAUUGAUGAGCUACUCUUUUCCAUUUUUUUAUCGAACCAGUAUCAUUUCAGAAAUUUGAUUUGCUACAUCUGCUACUUGUUCUUAAUGAUAAUCUUUGAUUGGUGAUUCUUGGUGAACAUAGAUUUUU